AUGGCAGCACUAACCGAACAUUUGAUUAUCUGUUUUGGGUUGAUGAAAUCAUGCAUUGGCGCAGGAAUAUACUCAUAUCCACACACAUUCAAUCUGUACGGGGUCGUUUGGACCACUAUCCUGACAGUUCUCACAUGCGCUGCAUCAAUCUUCGGAACUUACGUCUAUAUAGACAGAAACAAGGCGUUACAAAAGGAGCAUAGCAUUUCAACAUUAGGAGCAGCAGUUGUUUCAAAGAAUUUCAAGUAUUUUGUUGACAUAGUUGUUAUUCUGAAAUGCCUCGUGGUAGCUGCUGGAUAUUUGAAUUUGGCGAAGAAUCUCAUACAAAAGAUAUCACCAGAUGCAGACAAUGGCAUUCUUACUGUAGAUCCCUCCGUUUCCGGAUUUUUAUUCACAGGUCUUGGAUGUCUCCUGCUUACUCCAAGCAUUUUGAGCUCUAAACUCGGCAAACUAAAAAACCUGUCGUACAUAGGUACGCUUAGCAUAAUUCUGAUCAUUGCUUUGUCGAAAAUAGAAUCGGCAGGCAAGCCUCUUAAUUUUGAAAUGUUCACAAGCAGUCCGCCCAGCAUUAUUCAGAAUAUUGGACUCUUUGUGUUUGGGUUUUCUUGCCAUCAAUCAAUAAUGACAAUCCACAACGAGUCUAUAAUUCCAGAAACACGGCUAAAGUUUCUGAUAAUGCUAUCCUUCGUUUGCGUUUCAUGCUUGUAUCUUGGCUUUGGUUUUAUAAACUAUUCUGCAUUUUCAGUUAUUAACGGAUCACCUGCAAAUUUAGAGCAGAUAUUCCUAGCAUGGGAGGAGAAGCAUCUUGUGACAAAAUUGGCUACUAUCCUGUUUGCUUCCUCGCUGGUGAUCACUGUUCCAUUUCAGAUUCAUCCAGCCAAAUCAUAUUUCAUUGACAUGUUCAAUGUAAGUGAUGGAUAUAAACGUCUUGUUGGAAUUUCAAUGAUCGUUCUAUGUUACUUCUUGACAACACAGUCAUGGUACAACUUUUACUUUGUGUCAAAUUUUGUUGCCAAGCCUCUCAACUCUCUUCUUUGUUUUGGAUUUCCAGUGCUGUUCACAAUAUAUGGACGCUUCAAAAAGUCAUGCUCCGAUUAUAUGAUCUGUAUAUAUUUAGCAAUAUUUACGCUGGCAUGUUUUGCAAGCUAUUUCGUAUCAUUGUAUAAGCUGCUGACUAAAGUAUGA